AUGUUACACAGUCUGGGUCAUGAGGGGAUCUACAGGAAGAACGGAGCCACGUCCAGGAUCAAGCUACUGAUGGAGGAGUUCAGGAAUGAUGCUCGUAACGUCAAGCUCCGGAUCGGGGAUAACUUCAUAGAGGAUGUGACUGACGUGUUGAAGAGGUUCUUCAGGGAGAUUGACGACCCCAUCUUCAUGGCUGACCUGCAUCAGCUAUGGAAGGAGGCUGUCAGAACAGCCAAGGAUAAGAACCAGCGUCUGGACAGAUACAAGGAGAUCAUCCGUAGUUUACCUAAAAUCAACAGGACUACCCUGGCUGCUCUCAUCAGUCACCUCUACAGGGUUCAGAAGUGUGCAGACCUGAACCAGAUGUGUACCAAGAACCUGUCGCUGCUGUUCGCCCCCAGCCUCUUCCAGACAGACGGAAAAGGAGAACACGAGGUGAAGAUCGUUGAAGACCUCAUAGACAACUACCUGUAUGUCUUUGAUAUUGAUGAGGAGCAGCGGACCCAGAUAGAACUGGAGCUCAGCCUCAUCACCACCUGGAAGGACACACAGCUGUCUCAAGCAGGUGAUCUGAUCAUAGAAGUGUACCUGGAGAAGAAGAUGGCAGACUGCUGCAUCACUCUCAAGGUAUCUCCAACCAUGGGUGCUGAGGAGUUGACUAACCAGGUCCUGUACAUGAGGAACAUCCCAGCAGGAGAGAAGGACGUGUGGCUGACGUUCGAGACCAUAGAGGAAGGACAACUGGAGCGCCCCCUACACCCCAAAGAGAAGGUGCUGGAGCAGGCGCUACAGUGGUGUAAAAUGGCUGAUCCUAGUUCAGCUUACCUGGUGGUGAAGAGAGUUCCCAAAGGAGAGGGCAUCAACAUCCUCACUGCCUACGAGAGUGAGAUAAUGAAGAUGGGAGUUCUGAAGUGUCGUGAAGAGCCUCCCAAACUCCUCCACGGAAAAGUCUUUCAGGAACACACCUUUCAGAUCAAAGACCACAAGCUGCUCCUGCUGAAGGACAAAAAGAGCGUCAAGCCUGAAAAGGAAUGGCCUCUGAAGUCUAUGAAGAUCUACAUGGGAAUUCGAAAGAAGCUGAAACCCCCAACUCGAUGGGGCUUUACUCUCAUGAUGGAAAAACAGCAACUGUACCUUUGUUGCUUUUGUGAGUCCGACCUAUGGGACUGGGUCACCAAUUUCCUCAAAGCACAGAAUGAUGACCCCCGACCUCCGGUGUUGAGGCGUCACUCCUCCUCAGAUAUCUCCAAACAGAAGUUUGGGACCAUGCCCCUAGUACCAAUCAGAGGGGACGGACACGAGAGCAACUCUACCAUGCUGUCAGCCAAUCAGACUCUGCGAAAGCUUCACGCUAGAAGGACUCUCUCCAUGUUCUUUCCCAUGAAGGUGCAGCAGGACUCGUUCGAGGAGCAUCCAGAGCCAGAACCCCCAGAACCCCCAGAGCCCCUGUAUGAGGAAGUAGGAGACUUCGGCCUGCAGGUCCUCAAGUCCCUGGAGACCAGCUUCCUCUCCAACAACACCUCAGAGACACAGGAGGUCCCUGACAAGCCCCUGAGCCUCAUCCUGGGCCCUCGGAAGACAGGCUCCCUGGACCGCAUGAUCGGCCCCAACCCGGUUCACUCUCUGGGGCUGGGAGGAGAGGGUCUGCUGCCCCCUGCUGGUUCUCUGGAUACCCUGGUCCUGGGUGGAGGAGGGGACCUCCAGGAGUUUCCCCACCCAGCGCCGAGGAGGAGGCAGCAGCACAGGCCCUGUACCCCCUCUCAGGAGCUGCUCCUCCAGGAACUGUCCUCCGUCUUCACCAAGAAGACAGAGAAUGAGUAGAAACUGCCGAGAGAGAAGAACGUCAUCUGAGGAGAAGAAGAGAUGCGUGCACUUGUAUUGUAGACCCAGGCCAGACAGACGGAAGACUGUAACAGCAUGGGAGUACGGACACAACCCAUUUGUUUGGGUGGUGUGUCAAAAAUACAUAAUCAGAUAGGAAUAAGCAUUUACUUGUGUUUUAUCCUACAAACUACUAACUGUUCUUCAAUCACUGGUAUGUACAGAUCCGUUUUAUAUUGAACAAUGCUUAUUGGAUUAUAACAUCCUUGCUAAUUUCUUAAGCUAUGAACUAUGGGGGAUACCUUUUUUUGUAGUUUUUUUUCAUAGUUUACUAAACCUUGAGUGAGAAGAGAAAUGGAUGCUUCUCUCAUGUCUGGUGGUGAUGCAUUAGGCAUUAAACUGUUUUUGUUUUGUUUUAAACAACUGGAUUUUAAAUAGAAAUGUGUUACUGUCUCUAUGUAUUAAUUUAUUUUCAAGAAUAUUUUAUCAAUUUUGUUGUUUUUUUAUUUUUAUAAAAGCUGUGAAAGUAACAAAAGCAGAGUUUUACUUCAAGACAGCCCCAGAUAUUCCAGAGUGUUGCGACACUGUCUGGCCAGAAGGUGGCAGUAUGGACGAACUAUCUUCUAUCUAGACAGCCCCAGAUAUUCCAGAGUGUUGCGACACUGUCUGGCCAGAAGGUGGCAGUAUGGACGAACUAUCUUCUAUCUAGACAGCCCCAGAUAUUCCAGAGUGUUGAUACACUAUCUGGCCAGAAGGUGGCAGUAUGCUACACCGUCUUUUAGAUAGUACAAAUGGAAUCUUAGUUUUAUUCACCAUGCACAACCACUGUAUGGUGUGAAUACAGCCAAAUAUAAUGAUUGUUAGUGGCACUACAUUUAAAUAUUCUGAAUUGAUGUUUGCACUACUAAGUCUAUUGCUUUUACAUUAAUAUGUCAUAUUCAAGAUAUCCUCCCUUUUUCAUCAAUCUAAAUAGACAAUAAGAUAUUCCAAUUUGACUGCCUUUGCCAAGUGUCUAUAGUGUGUUAUAAUGCAUUUGCCUGCAUUGUCGUCCAUUCGUUUUAUUCUUACUGUAAAUAUUGUACAUUAUUCUGUGUGCUUAUACCCUUUCAAUAUUCAUUAUGCAGUAUUUCACUUUGUUGUCGCUACAUGAAGGUCUAUAUUAAAUAUGAUAUUUUUAGUUUUA